GGGAGAGACGCGUGUUUGUUUUUGACGAUUGACAUUCUUUUUGUUAUCGAUUGACGAGACAGUGUUUUCUCCAGAAAGAUAAAACAAAAGUGCAGCGAUCCCCAAACGACACGGGGGAGACAUGCAGCCGCCGGCCAGACGGACUUUGUUGCUUCUUCUAGUGGUUUUGUUAACGCAAGACUGCUUCUCAUCCAAGGCAGAGGACCGGCUGUUCAAGAAACUGUUCAGAAGAUACAACCAGUUCAUCAGACCAGUGGAGAACGUCUCUGACCCCGUCACUGUGGAGUUUGAGGUUUCCAUCUCGCAGCUGGUCAAAGUUGAUGAGGUGAAUCAGAUCAUGGAAACAAACUUAUGGCUCAGACACAUAUGGAAUGACUACAAGCUGCGAUGGAUGCCGGUUGAGUUUGACGGGAUCGAGUUCAUUAGAGUUCCAUCGAACAAGAUCUGGAGACCUGAUAUUGUGCUCUACAACAAUGCUGUAGGUGAUUUCCUUGUGGCAGAUAAGACCAAGGCUCUGUUGAAGUUUGAUGGCACCAUCACCUGGGUUCCUCCAGCCAUUUUCAAAUCCUCCUGCCCAAUGGACAUCACUUAUUUUCCCUUUGACUAUCAAAACUGCUCCAUGAAGUUUGGCUCCUGGACGUAUGACAAAGCCAAGAUUGACCUGGUACUUAUUGGAUCCAAGGUGAACCUGAAAGACUUCUGGGAGAGCGGCGAGUGGGAAAUCAUCGAUGCUCCGGGCUACAAGCAUGAUAUCAAGUACAACUGCUGCGAGGAGAUCUACCCCGACAUCACCUACUCCUUCUACAUCCGGCGGCUGCCACUCUUCUACACCAUCAACCUCAUCAUCCCCUGCCUCCUCAUCUCUUUCCUCACAGUGCUGGUUUUCUAUCUCCCGUCUGACUGUGGAGAGAAGGUCACGCUCUGUAUCUCCGUCCUGCUCUCCCUCACUGUGUUCCUACUCGUUAUCACCGAGACCAUCCCCUCCACGUCGCUGGUCAUCCCGCUCAUUGGAGAGUACCUGCUCUUCACAAUGAUCUUCGUCACCCUCAGCAUCGUCAUUACUGUGUUCGUGUUGAACGUACACUAUCGCACGCCGAUGACCCACACCAUGCCGGGUUGGGUGCGCUCGGUGUUUCUCAAAGCGCUGCCGAGGAUUAUGCUGAUGCGGAGGCCGAUUGAUGAAGACAGCAAGGCUGGGGGGUUGGACAGCAGUGGGGAGGUAGGAGGAGCUGGAGGGGGAGGAGGAGGCGGAGGAGGGAAGAAGAAGAAGAAGAAUUUAAUGCAGCAGGUCGGAGGAGGCUCCCUCAACUGUCUGGAGUUUGGGGACAGUAAGCUGUCCUCUGUGGACGGCUGCACUGGGAAGAAAUGCCCUUGCCCGUGCCAGCAUGGAAACGAGAGUGCAGAGACUUCAGACAAGAUGCCGCGACAGCUGAGUCCGCAGAGCAUCAACACGGUGGUGGCCUUUUCUGUAGUUUCACCUGAGAUUAAACAGGCCAUAGAGAGUGUGAAGUACAUCGCAGAGAACAUGAGGAGCCGCAACAAGGCCAAAGAGGUGGAGGAUGACUGGAAGUACGUCGCCAUGGUGAUUGAUAGAAUCUUCCUUUGGGUGUUUGUGACCGUGUGCAUCUUGGGAACCACGGGCCUCUUCAUCCAGCCGCUUUUUGGCUUCUUCUCAUAACCGCUGAGCGAGCAGGGUCUGCUGCAACCCUGUUUCGACCAAUCCUGAACAAGUGACAAACUCUCAGUUCUCAGUUGACGUAUCAGGAAACAGAGUUUUCAGUCCCAAAGCAUUAUUUGAUGUGUUUGGUUUUGCUUCUUGCCUUUCGCAGAGAGCAGUGACUACCGGAGCAGGGAAGUUGAAGGGCUAUGGAUCUUUUUAGGUUUGCAGGCUGGUCAGUAACCGACAAAAAGUUUUUUUUUAGCCUUAAUUUUAAUCUUUUUAGGGCUGCUCAUUUUAUGAAAAUAAAAUUGCCACAGACAAAACAAUGAUUUCUGCUUCUGGAUGACCUCCUAAGAAAUCAAGGGAUAAUAUAAUAUCUUCCAAUAAUAAACAUGUUCUUACAUCUUACUUGUCACAUCUUUACUUACUUAAUUUCAAUUAGUUAAAGGAAACCAUCUUUAUUAGGAAUAACAAGACAAUAAAUGUUUGAUUUAAAUGUGGCUUAACCACAUUCCAUAGAGUAAAUGUCAUAUGAGCUGGCUGGAGUUUAGGCUGUUUUGCUCCGGCCUGACUGAAAAUAUCUCCUGCCUCAUGCCGCUGUGUGGAAUGAAUCACUGGGCAAAAACGUUUUCACAAAUAAAGUGUAACAACAUUGUACAAUCCAGACAUGACCAACAUCAAUAACUGCACCCUGAGCAAUAGAGGGGAGCCACAGCCUCACAUCAAGUCUAUAGCCUCUGUUCCAGUAGAUCAGUGCAGUUGUCAGUCAGCAAUUAUUUCAAAAAAAUGAAGCAUGUUCAAUGAGCUUUCUUUCAUUUUGUUAGAUAAUCAUCAUCCAGUACAAUACUUAAUUUAAGACCAGGUUAAAUGAUAGUUAUUUAAUAUAAAAAACGACAUCUCCAUUAAAGAAGACAAACUUGCUCUUCUCUUCUGUCAAACCAUAACAUUGAGCCUGCAAACUAUUUGCUAAAUACUAAAUACACAAUAUUAGAUUGUUUCAAAG